AUGCCUAAACCGACGAAUCCGAAUGCUGAUUUUCGUGAAGAAGAACGUUUAACUUGCGUUCUCGUUCUCGAUUCAUUUAAUACUUACAUUAAUGAGAUCGUUUCUCAUACAUCGCUUCCAUUAUGCUUAUGGCCUGUCGAUGGUCAACCAUUACUCGAUUACACAAUUCAAGCCUUGAUUAGAUCUGGCAUUCAAGAAAUUAUUCUCUUAGCUACAACAAAUUCCGCCGAAAUUCGUUCGUAUCUAAUGUCUACACAUUGGUUACGCACCUAUCCGAAAUUGAUUCGUACUAUUCCAUGUCGAGAGGCUCGUUCACUUGGCGAUUGCCUAAAAGAUCUCGAACGCGAAAAUAUUAUCAGCAAUCAUUUUCUCCUAGUCUAUGGUAAUGGAACAUUGUUGACCAACACACAACUCAAUGAGUUAUUCUACGUUCAUAAGGAGAAUAUUAAAAAAGACAAAAAUUGUAUUAUGACACUCGUCUACCGACAAUUAGAUUCCAAUCACUUAGAACAUUCAUCAUUUACCGAUGAUCAACAUUUAUGCAUUAUACGCGACGCUAAUACACAUCGUCUAUACGAUUAUUCCAAGGAAUAUCUUGACUCGUACGAAAUUCCGCUCGAUCUAUUAGAAAAACCGAAUGUAACUAUUGAAACAUUGUACUGUCCAUUAGAUUGUCAUCUAGCCAUUUGCUCGCCAGAUGUUUUACAUUUAUUCAAAGACAAUAUCGAUUGUUCGACAAUAAAUGAUCUCGUGAAAGGUGUUUUACGUGAUGAAGAAAUAGCGAAUCAUACAAUCUACUCUUAUAUAUACGAGAAAGGCUAUUUUCUUUCCGUUCAUAAUCUAAGUCUAUAUAUGAAAGCAACAUUUGAUAUUCUUCGUCGUUGGUCGUAUCCUCUCGUUCCAGAAAUCAUGGCAUCCGUACCAAAACUACAUUUAGCAACAACAACCACAACGCCAAGUUCGCCUCAAAUCAAACUAAGUGAUCCAUGUUUAUCUUUUUGUAACACAAACCAUCCAGUUGUCUAUGACAAACACAAUAUAUACAAACAAGGUGACAUUCAACUGGAUCGAUUGUCACAUAUUCAACAGGAUGUCUUCAUUGGCAAUAAAAGUCAAAUUGCAUCGGGCGUUUGCUUACGAUCGUCAUUCAUCGGCCAGAAUUGCACGAUUGGAAAAGAUACUCGCAUCGAAAAUUCGAUCAUCUGGAGUAAUGUCCAGAUCGGAGAGAAUUGUUUUAUACGAAACUCAAUCAUUUGUGACAGCGUUCUCGUUCGUAACGGAGUGAAAAUCAAUCCGGAAUGUGUUCUUUGUAAAGGUGUCAUCAUAGGUGCUAAUGUUGAACUAAAGGAACGUUCUGUAGUCAUCGGAUCGACUUCUCUGUCGUCGGCUAAUUCGAUAGAUGAAGUUGAAAUUGACGACGAGAUUCAACUACCUCCAACAGAUUUCAAACGAACAAAUUCCCGACAACGACGUAGUUCGACACGCUUAUCGGAAAAAUCCUUUUCAGAUAAAUCGAUAUGUUCAAGCAUUGAAGAAACCGUCGCGUCCAAUAGUGACUUAGUUGGCGUUGAUGGUUUUGGUCGCGAACUUAUUUUUAGUUAUAUGCAUGACAAUCAACCAAACAAAUCCAAAGCGACCGACGACGACGACGAUGACGACGAUGAUGAUAAUGAUAGUGACAGUCAAGAAAAACAUCCAUAUGACGCUUGGGGUAAACGUAUUGAAUCGCAAGAUUCAUCGACGAGUGAAGUUGAACCUGAACCUACUGGAAGAAUUUCCAGACCGAGUUCUCAUCUAAAUCAGCCAACGGUACCAGCAGCUAACAACGAGACCAGUGGCGAAAGUGGGGAAUCGACAAUUAGCGAUGAUGGCAGUUCAACGCAUUCUGACGACGAGGAAUACGGGAAUGUCGAUGAAUUUCAAGAGGAAGUCACUCGAACAUUGGAACGUGCUUAUAAGCAAAAGUUGAAUAUCGAGAAUAUCGUGGUCGAAUUGAAUAUGUUAAAACCAACUUACGAUGUCUCGCCAACUGAAUUCGACAAGUCAGUCACUCGGGCUGUGUUUUUAUUACCAUUCGAGAAGAAAAUCGCUAACUUAUUCAAUGGAAAUUAUUGGAAUGCAUUGAAAUCCACAUUAGACCAAACCACGCAAUUUAUUUUAAAGAACUACAUGAAAACCACCAACGAAGAAUCUCAGAUGACCUUAUUAACUGAAUUAGAAUCAAUUUGCUUGAAACAUGUUCAUCCUAUCGGUGAACGUGUUGUCAAUAUUUUGAAUUAUCUAUACGAUCAAGAUGUCAUCGUCGAAGAAUCGAUCAUUAAGUGGUAUCAAUUGAAACAGAGUCAAAUCGAAAAGAAUGAAAUUUUGAUCAAAUCUGAUGAAAAGAUCUAUUACGAUAAACUGAAGCAGUUCGUCGAAUGGUUACAAAACGCGGAAAGUGAAGACGAUGAUGAAGAUGAUGAUGAUUAA